UUGUGCCCGCUUACAGGUAAGAACAGCCAGCACAGACUGUAUUAUACCACAGCACUCACUCUUUGCGUUUCCGCUUUGUAGGCGGAGACCUUUUGUGGGCCAGCCCUGCUGUUUACGUUUGGGGAAGUUGCUCAAUAUCGGAAAACACUGUUUUUUUUAGGUAUGUGAGCAAAACAUAACUGUUUGCGAUUUUUCUGGAUUAAAGAAUCCACUCGAUGGAGUAUAAUUAACGUCUUCAGGUCUAAGAUCAUGACAACAUGACUGUUAGAUAAAACCCAAUCUCGGGUUUGGUCACAAGUUCCCCGCAGAAUGGAUAAUUCAGUAACUUCCGCUACUUAUAUUCGCAACCUCGGUUAUUGUUUACGUCGCAAGUUGUCCGAUUUUUUGGAUCCUCAGGACAGGUGGAAAGAAGUUCUUGUAGAUAUACAGAAACCGAGCGGGGAGCCGAGGUAUUCCCAGCUUCAUGUCAGGAGAUUUGAGGGUCUUGUUGCACAGGGUCGCAGUCCCACAAUGGAGCUGCUCAAUGACUGGGGGACCACCAAGAGCACAGUGGGUGAACUUGUGGACAUUUUGAAGAGUCACGAGUUACUGGCUGCUGCCAAUGUUCUGCUACCUGUUGAAGAGUCCAGUCCAUUGGAGACACAGCUGACUCCUUUAAAAACCCGAAGCGCUGCUUCAACCAGACUGCUGGAAGAGAGAGAUGUGCAGCAGCAGCAGCCUGUCACCACUGUGCUGCAGCUUCGGACGCCAGAGGAGAACACCGAACCAAUACACACAGGCUUCUCCAGUUUCUUAUAUAGUUACCUGAUGAGGAUCACAGGCAACUUUGAUGACCGGUCCACGUCAGCUGGUGGCAGCCGAAUUGGAGAGGGAGGCUUUGGAACGGUAUACAAAGGUCUCCUGAAAGACAAACCAGUUGCAGUGAAAAAACUCAAUCCAGUGGACGACAUGCCACUGGACAAGUUGCAAGAUCAGUUCAACCAAGAGAUCCAGACUCUGAAAAUGUUGAAACACGAGAACUUGGUUGACAUGGUUGGAUUUUCCUGUGACGAACAGCACCUGUGUUUAGUGUAUGCUUUCAUGGCCAAUGGAUCUUUAUUAGACCGACUGGCUUGCUUUGAAGGAAGUCCUCCACUUUCCUGGCACCAUAGAUGCUUGAUAGCAGAAGGAACAGCCAAAGGUUUGGAGUAUCUGCACUCCAACCAUCACGUCCACAGAGAUGUUAAAAGCGCGAACAUCCUGUUAGAUGAACAAUUUGUGGCCAAAAUCUCAGACUUUGGUCUGACGAGAGCAUCGGCCAAGCGAACAUCAACGACCAUGAUGACUGAGAGGAUCGUGGGUACCCGUGCGUACAUGGCACCGGAGGCGCUAAGAGGAGAGAUCACACCAAAAUCCGAUGUCUUCAGUUUUGGAGUGGUGUUGUUAGAAAUAUUGUCUGGACUCCCGCCAGUUGAUGAAAACCGGGAGCCACAGUUCUUGAUGGAGAUGAGGUAUGACAUAGACGAUGAAGAUGAGGAGCUGACUCUGGAGGAUUUUGUGGACAAAAAAAUGAAAGACUGGGAGCUGAGCCAGGUGGAGAGUAUUUACUCCUUGGCAUGCAACUGCCUCCAUGACAGGAAAAACAGACGGCCUGUCAUCAGACAGGUACAGGAAAGAUCCCAGCAGAUUUAAUGUAUAGGUCAAGCUACUGUGUUGGCAUCUGCACAGCUUUGCACCUUGAGCUAUUUGCCUGUGUUACGAGCCUCAGCUGGACCAGGCUGAAUAAGGAAAUCCCACAAAGGGAAUUUUUUUGUUUUAGUUUUUGAAAAGAAAAGAGGAUCAUUAACAACUGAGUCGGGUCAUAGUUUGGGUUUUCUUUUAAUGGCAUUUAUUAGCAAAAAUACAGUCACCAGACACUUCAUUAAAUACACCUGUUUAACUGCUUAUUAACACUAAUAUCUAAACGGCCAAUCACAUGGCAGCAACUGACUGCCAUGUAGGCAUGGUUGUGGUUAUUUAAGCACCUCGAGGUGACUUUUGUUGCGAUUUGGUGCUAUGUAAAUAGAACAGAGUUGGACUGAAUUGAUUGAUAACCUGCUGAAGUUUAAAGCAAGCAUCAGAAUGGGAAGUAAAGGUGAUUUAAGUGGCUUUGACCGUGGUGUGGAUGGUGCCAGACAGGCUGCUCUGGUUAUUUCAGGAGCUGCUGGUAUUUUCCCACAUAACAUAUCCAGUGAGCGGCAGUUUUGAGGGUGAACAUGCCAGAGAUCAAAGGAAAAUGGGCAGACUGUUUCAAGCUGAUAGGAAGGCAACCGUACUCGUUAUCUUAACAAGGUAUGCAGCAGAGCAUCUCUGAAUGCACAACAUGUUGAACCUUAAAGCAGAUGGGAUGAGCAGCAGAAAUCCGAGGCCACACUUCACUCGGACAACAGAACAUUGGAAAAACAUUGCCUGGUCUAAUAGGUCUUGAUUUCUGCUGACAUUUAGAUGAUAAGAUCAGAAUUUGGCAUAAACAGCAUGAAAGUCCAGCAGUUUACCAAAACCUCAGGCUGCUGUUGGUGUCAUGGUGUGGGGGACAUUGUCUUAUCACACUUUGGACCCCUAAUACAAACUGAGCAUUGCUUAACCACCACAGCCCACCUGAGUGUUGUUGUUGACCAUGACCAAAGUAAACCGAUGUUUUAAUGACUGCUUCCAGCAAGGUAACACACCAUGUCACAAAGCUCAGAUCGUCUCAGACUGGUUUCCUGAACAUGACGAGUUCACUGUAAUUGAAUGGCCUCCACAGUCACCAGAUCUUAGCCUUAAUAGAGCAUCUUUGGGACGUGAUAGAAAGGGAGAUUUGCAUCAUGAAUGCAUGAUGCAAAUGUCCCUUUCCACCACAUCCUGACAAAUCUGUGUGACGCUAUAUUAACCAAAAUGUCCGAGGAAUGUUUCCAACACUGUGUUCAAUCUGUGCUGCAACGAAUUAAAGCAGUUCUAAAGGCAAAAGGGGGCCCAACUUGAUAUAGCAAGGUGUACCUAAUAAAGUGUAUGGGGAGUCUAUGUAAUAACAAACAUAUUAUUUAGGGGAUUUAGGGAGCAAAUGCAGGCAGUAAGAGAAUGGAGACGGCACUCUCGUCUUGCUGAACUAAAGGAAAAUGUCAUAUUGUUGCUACGAUAUAUGUUUGCUAACUUCAUGAUGUAGUUAUGAUUGUUGUGUGUCU